AUGGAUCUUGAAACAGAAGAGCUCCAAUUCUUGACCAUACCAGAAAUCUUGAAAGAAUCAAUUUCAAUCCCAAAACAAGCACCGAAAACUUUUCAACUAAUCACCCUUGCUUUGAUCUUUCCUUUAUCUUUUGCAAUCUUGGCUCAUUCCCUUUUUACUCAUCCUCUCUUAGCCCAAAUUCAAGAUCACCCAUCAAGCCAAAACACUCAUCAAUGGACCGUUCUUCUAGUGUUUCAAUUCUUUUAUCUAAUCUUUUUAUUUGCUUUCUCUCUUUUAUCAACUGCUGCUGUUGUUUUCACUGUUGCUUCUCUUUACACUUCAAAGCCUGUUACUUUUUCCUCUACAAUGUCUGCCAUCCCUCAAGUUUUUAAGCGUUUGUUUGUCACUUUCUUGUGGGUUUCUCUGUUGAUGUUGGUUUAUAAUUCUGUUUUCUUGCUUUUCUUGGUGAUUUUGAUUGUUGGUAUUGAUAUUCAGAAUACCCUUUUGGUGGUUUUCUCUUUGGUGGUGAUUGGCGUGCUUUUCUUGGUUGUUCAUGUUUAUAUCACUGGACUUUGGCAUUUGGCUAGUGUGGUUUCUGUUUUGGAGCCAAUUUAUGGGUUUGCUGCUAUGAAAAAGAGUUAUGAGUUGUUGAAAGGGAAGACACGUGUGGCUGGUGUUCUUGUUUUUGGGUAUUUGUCUAUUUGUGGAUUGAUUUCUGUGAUUUUUUCGACUGUUGUGGUUCAUGGUGGAGAUAAUCAUGGAGUGUUUACCAGGAUUUUUGUUGGUGGGUUUUUAGUUGGGGUUUUGGUGAUUGUGAAUUUGGUGGGAUUAUUGGUGCAGAGUGUGUUUUAUUAUGUUUGCAAGAGCUAUCAUCAUCAAGGGAUUGAUAAGAUUGCUUUACAUGAGCAUCUCGGUGGGUAUCUUGGAGAGUAUGUGCCAUUGAAAAGCAGCAUUCAGAUGGAGAACUUGGAUGCUUGA